UCAGUUGAAAAAAAUCAAACAUCAAGGAAAUGGACGAAAUCGAAAUGGUACGGAAUGGAAAUGCCGAAAUGGUCUCGUGUUGAGUUGAAUAUGAUCGUCAUGAUGUGUCGAGUUUUUUUCGCAUCCCAAUAUUCUCAUUUCUCAUGUUACAUUUAAUUGAUUGAAUACAGAUGGUUGGAAUAAAAGAAGAACCGUCUCCGAUGGAGGUAAGCGACGUGACGAGUGAUAAUCUCAUGGAGCUCGGCGAAAGCAGCGUAGUCGACAUAGAAGCACUUCCUUCAAAAAUCAGAUCGUAUUUGAAGAUGGACCAAGUUGAAUUUUCGUAUACUUUACAGGAUUAUUGGAAAAAAGAAACUUCAACGCUUCCGAAACUAACUGAAUCUCUGUAUAUUGACGAAGAAAACUUUUUAGACACGUUGUUACACAUCAUUGUUUCAUUGCGUAAGGUCUGGCAAAAGUUUUAUGUAAAAGGGAUGAAGGGGUGGCAAGCGAAAGAGUGGCUGCCUAUUUGCUUGAGCAGUUACUUAAGUUUGAAAGUUAUAGCCAAGGAAUAUCUGAAAGAGCCAAACGAAUUAUUUUUUUCAUUAUUUGAAUUGUGGCCGUAUUCUGAGAGACGCUUUCAAGAAUUACUUCCUUCAUCAGCAAAGAGUCCUUCUAAGCAGACUUCUAUUUUGAAAGGAAUUUUAAUCAUUCACAUGCUGGAUGAUUACUUUGGUGAAAAAGUACAAGAAGCAAUUUUAGAAAUUAUGCGAGAGAAGUAUUCGGUGGACAGUUCGGAAAAACUGUGGAAGAUUUUAAGUGAGGAUGGAUUUGAUGUAGCUGAAUUCGUCGAUUCGUAUAAGAUGUUGGGUACAGACUUACCCGUGAUAUCGACUCUACAAAAUAAUACCGAUAUCAGCUUCGAGAACGAUGCCAGUUCCAGGUAUCCUAAAUUCCCUGUCACUGUCUGUACGAUGUCAGAUAGCGGAAGCAGAGUGGAAAAAAUUAUGAUCGAGGGAAAAACGUCCUUACAUUCAUUUAAGGAGGGAGGCGCGAAAUGGAUUAAAGUCAACAGUUCCAAUGCGGGAUUAUAUGCUUUGAACUAUAAUGGAAAUCUGAAGAAUGUUUGUUCGUUGCGAAUUUCUGAGCUCGAAAAAUUGAAUUCUAUCGACAGAGCCAGUUUGUUACUCAAUCUCGAUUUCUCGACCAUAGAUGGUCUAGAGCUGUCUAUGGAGUGUUUUAAAUUUUUAAAAACCGAAAAAGAUGUACUGCCAUUGGCUACAGCGUGUAGGAAAUUCCUGUAUAUAAAUCGGUUUUUGUACGGAACACAUAGCUACGAAGUAUUUUCAGACCAUAUCAAAUCGUUAUUCAAAGUAGAGGGAGAUAUCUUCGAUGAUAGAAUAAAUAAGGACGACGCGAAGCGAACGUUUCAUUGCAUGAUGUUCCAUAUCGGAUGUUUCGUGGGAUCUGAAGAAUGCUUGAAGAAAGCAAAAGACAUAUUCCAGUCUUUUAUAGAAAGAGAUACUUCUAUGCCUGUAGAAUUUCGUAAUUGUGUGUUUAUUUACGGAGCUAGAGGCAGUGCAGUUUCGGGUGAAAUCAUACGUAAAAAAUACCUUGAGGAAAAGGACGAAUUGAAAAAAAAGUUAUUGGCCCGUGCUCUGGGCUCUUUGAAGGAGGCAGAUUUAAAAAUGUGCUUUACCGAAAUUAUCUCGAAGGGAAAAAUGCCUCCCGACCAUGUAAUGAUUUUUUUUCACACGUGUGCGAUUGUCGGAUCUUUUCUUCCUGCCUGGAAAUUUUUAAUAACAUCGCGUGAAAGUCUUAUCAAGCAGUUGAAAAUGGAUAUAUUCAUGUUGAUUAUUGGAGAAUUCGUACCGUCUAUGUAUCUGGAUGAACAUUUUGCCGAGCUUGACGACUUGCUGAAUAAUAUUUCUAAUUACGAAGGAAAAAGAUGUUUAAUUGAAACUGCGAAGAAGAAAAAAGCAUUCGUCUCAGAAGAUAAAGUGACAUAUGAAGAAGAGUUUGAGUAUGUCGUUGCAAAACGUGCGAAAUUGGACGAAUCCGCUACUUUGGACAGAGCGCCUGAACUAAACGUAUUGGUAUUCAAUGAUACGACUUUAUGGAGCACGUUGGAAUUUUUCGAAGGUUGUGAUAUUGCAACGCUUUCUCGGAUUAACGCGUGGGAAAUCAUAAGAACGUUUGUUCCACUCUUUUUUCAUAAAAAACUGUGCAUUCUUCGACCUCCUUGUUGGGGUAAGACAACCACGUUGCAUAUUUUAAAAUUGUUCCUAUCAAAAGUUUUCAACCAGGAAACAUCUGAGGAAAAGAAAGAUGUUAUCCCGAUAGAUGUUUUCAAAGGUCGGCAACGCUUUGUGUUUGGGAAUAGAGCAUUGGCUUUCUUUCAUAGCGCCGAAGACGAGACAACUCGUACCGACGACGAGACAACUGGUACCGACGACGAGACAACUCGUACCGACGACGAGACAACUCGUACCGAAAACCUGAACUCGUAUAAGGAAUCGUAUUUGUGUUGUCAUCUGGACCUUUCCGUCGUCACAAAAAAUACAGUUUCCGAAAUCAAAGAUGAAAUCUCCCACGCCGUUCAUGUAACGUUAGCCACUUACAAAUCUUUUUUGUCUGACCACAAACGGUUUAAAAAAUGCGUAGAUGGAACUUGUCCUGAAACCGGUGACCACUUAAUAAUACUAAGGGAUGCCUUAACAUACCUGAAGAACCUGAAGGUAUUUGGAUCGCUCCGAAAACUCAUACUUAUCGACGAAAUUGAUAUGCCUAUUCUCAAAUUACGAAACGCCAAACACAGAGAAACGAUGGAAAAGGAUCUGCAGAGUUUCACAAGAUGUAUCGUUUCGGCUGGUUAUCAAAUUAUUUGUUUUGGCGUUUUUCCCGACUUUUGUGAGAACGCUCUAAGCGAUAAAUUGACUGAAAUCUGUAAGCUUGAUAAAGGAGCUUUGAAACCAGUGUUCGGAGUGAAUAGCGUCGAGGUAAUGAACUGCAAGAACGAAGACGGUAGUUUAGCGGAAUGUGCCGGCGGUUUUACGUAUCCUGGGACGAAACUAUUUUCGCUUUAUUGUAUGUAUUUACUGGAAAGAAAAAUGUUUGAGUUCGAAACGGUUUGGGUGAAAUCAAAGUCGUACGCCUUUGUUUGGGAGACAUUUGGCAACUCUUAUCACCUUUGCAAUCUUGCGAUGCGCCUACUGGACAACGAAUACGUUUUCACAGAAAAAGAAGGAGAUUCGUCGGAUCGAUGUGCACUUGAUUUAUUUUAUCACACUGGCUUUGUGGUGAAAUUAUACGCCGAAGAUUUAUCCCUUGAUAUGUGGCUCAAUGCAAAGAACGAUUAUAAAAAUCAACGUGACCCAACGAAGUUGGUGUAUUAUGCAUUCCCGAACAAUAUCAUGAAGAAUACGCUGUUGAAAUUUCUUCGCUUACGAAUCGCACAUGAUUUCUUUAAUAGUGUCGAUGACUUUAAAGUAAUGAUUGACGAAUUUGUGAAUGGAAAUAAAGUUGAAAUUAAAAAGCGGAUAUGUGGACUGUACAAUCCUACGAAAAUUUCCUGCGAAAAAGACUACGAGACUCAACUCCGGGCGAUACUUUUUGUUGCAUUGCGUAAACUUUACUAUAUCUCUCGUCAAUCGCGAAGCGGAACUGGGAUUUUCGAUCUGGCUUUAUAUCCCAAAGGGGUUAAAUCACCUUGUUAUGUUAUAGAAGAAAAGUUCACCGAUAAAGUACCAUCUGAAGCAGACCAGCAUGAAAAAGAAUUAAAUCACCUAUCCGCAGUAGCAUUGCAUCAGAUCCGAUCGAAAGGCUACAAUGCGGAUUUUGAUCCAGAAGGUGAAAACACAAUUAGCAUCGGUAUUGCCGUUUCACCUUAUGCAAUUUCAUGUUCGGUAAUCGAGUUAAAAGCUAUUAAAACUUGUCAAUGCAAGAACCCAAUACCACUCUGCAAAGCUUUCUUAGAAACGAAAUUGGAUCCCCAUCAUGUACCAAUUUAAAAUGAUUAUUUUGUUGAAAUUGUGUAAUUUUUAGUUGUUCAAUUGAUGGUUAUGUUUUUGUUCCUAAACUAGUUUAAAAUUAUUAAUUUGUAAAAAUUGUGAAGUUUUUAGUUGUUGAAUGAUAGUUAUGUUUUUGUUCAUAAUCGAAUUUAAAGUGAUUAUUUCGUAAAAAUUGUGAAGUUUUUAGUUGUUGUUUUUUUUUACGUUUGAGCAAAAGUACAUUAUUUUGAUUUUUAA